CCUAAUAAAUAACAGAAUGUAUUAUUGAGCAUUUCGUUCGCGUCAAGCACGAGUACGAGUGAACUGGAGUUGACUGGAGUGAACAUACGUCUGUCGCGACAUGUCUGUCAAACUCUUGCGCUGUCUCGCCAGCGAUUUUAUUCCGAAAGGCCAGCAUGUCCGUCGCGCCCAUCGGAUGCGGGGAAAACCGCCGAUGAUCGCCCGUACCUUGCAACAACGUCUCGAGGAAAUGAAUCGAGAGGACCCGACUUUGAAUUUCAAGGUGAAUAUUGGUUAUGCAGUGACCAAAGCCAACAGGCGCUCAAUAACGAGCGGUUGGAUAAACGAUAUCGUAGUACAUAGGAACGACACCGAGCUCGAAAAAUCAUCGCGUACCAGGAAGCUGUUGGUGGAUCUAAAGACAGUAAAGGAAGAUUGGCUACGAAUCGAUGGGCCUUCUCAUAUUCACAGACUAGCGAAGCACUUCGGCGUUUAUAACGACCUGUACGGAGACGCUUACUUUAUGCCAGUAGUCCCGCUGAAUAUAAGCUACGAACUGAAGGAUGACAAGCUGGUAAAGGUUUACACCGGUAAUGUGAUCAAGCCAAGCGAAGCUUCUAAAGCACCUGAUGUAACGUAUGAUGCAAAGGACGGGACACUAUGGAGCCUAAUAAUGUGUACGCCGGACGGCAAUUUGACCAGCGUGGAAAACGAGUAUUGUCACUGGUUCAUCGGUAAUAUUCCUGGGAAUCGUGUGAGGGAAGGAGAGGAAUUGGUGGAUUAUCUACAACCGAUAGCACCAUACGGUAUCGGAUACUGCAGAUACAUCUUCGUGCUUUACAAGCAGAAGCAUAGCAUAGAUUUCUCGGAAUACAAGAGAGCUAAGCCCUGCUUGAAUCUGAAAGAGCGUAACUGGAGAACGCUGGAUUUUUAUAGGAAAUAUCAGGACGAGUUGACACCUGCUGGUUUGGCGUUCUUCCAGUCAGAUUGGGAUUCCUCGUUACAGGAAUUUUAUUACGAUACACUGAAAAUGACAAUACCAAAAUUCCAAUACGAUUUCCCUGAACCGUACAUAAAGAAGCAAAUCUGGUUCCCUUUGAAGGAACCCUUCAAUAUUUAUUUAGACAAAUAUCGCGAUCCCAAACAGAUAAGAAAGGAAUUUUUAUUGAGAAAGUUGAAGAAGGUUCACCCCUUCAAUGGGCCAGAACCACCAAGAAGAUUCCCGUUGGCUCAUUCUGACGAAAAAUACAUACCUUCUUGGCUGAAAUUUGAGAUAAUAAAGAAGAGGCUGGGAUACGGUCAUGUUAACGAACUCGAUGAAUACUAA